AUGGAUGGGCUCACUCCCGAGAAAAUGAAGGCCGCUUCGAAAAGUGCGCAGGAGGAGUCCGAGCCGGCGUGCAAGCGGCGCCGGGCCGCGAUGGCGCACACGCCGCGCGCCGCGUGGCCCGCGUCGGUGGAGCGCGCCGACGCGGCGGCUCCGCCGGUCGUGGUCGUGGCCAGCGUGCCGGCGGCGACGAAGGGCAAGCGCGUGAAGCGCCAGACGAUCGGGCCCGGCGCGCCGGAGCCGACAGGUGGUGGCGUGGCCCGGGCCGCCGAGUCGUCGGACGACGACUUCGAGAUGGGCGAGACGCUGUCCGAGGAGGAGCGCGCGCGGCGCGCGAAAGCGAAGGCCGAGCGCGAGGGCACCGUCCAGGACAUCUCCGACGAUUCCGUGGCCGCGGGCCUGGACGCGUCCGCGUCGUCGUCGUCGAGCGACUCCGAGUCGUCGGCUUCGGACUCAGACGACUCGGACCCCGACUUCCAGGAAGCCUCAGGGCCGGAGGAUCCUUUUUGAGUGUCCAGACGCGUAGGCUUCGACAAAAACACUAAUCCACAACUAAAU